AUGAGUACUGACAUUGUGUAUGAUUACAUUGUUAUUGGCGGUGGUAGUGGCGGCAUGGCUUCAGCCCGUCGAGCCGCUACAUAUGGCGCCAAAGUGCUUGUCAUUGAACGUGGUCGUGAAUACAAUGGGAUGGGUUUAGGCGGUACAUGUGUCAAUUUUGGGUGUGUACCCAAAAAGGUGAUGUUUAAUACAGCUGCUCAUGUGGAACACUUAAAUCGCGCUAAAGAUUACUGCAUUAAUUUGAAAGAUUUUUCAGUUGGUGAUUUUGAUUGGACGAAAAUGAAGACCAAACGUGACGCUUACAUUACACGUCUUAAUGGCAUAUAUGAACGUAAUUUAGACAAAGCUCAAGUCGAUUAUGUACAAGGAAUUGCUACAUUUGUGGCUACAGAUAAGAUUCAAGUGGCUGACAAGAUCUUUACGGGCAAACAUGUGCUAGUAGCACCCGGUGGUGUUCCUACAAUCCCGGAUUUUCCGGGAAAAGAGUACGUGAUUGACAGUGAUGACUUUUUCCGACUUGAGAAGCAGCCAAAGAAAGUGGCAGUUGUUGGUGCUGGGUACAUUGCUGUGGAAAUGGCGGGAAUAUUUAAUGCACUAAAGAGUGAUACGACGAUCUUUUGUCGUCAUGAUCAAGUGCUUCGUAAAUUUGAUUCCAUUGUUCGUGAUCUCGUGAAUGAAGAAAUGGAGAAAUCAGGUGUCAAAUUUGUACGUCAUAUGAGUGCAAAUCGUGUCGAGAAACAGGACGACAGCAAACUCACGUUGGUGGUUGAUAUUGAUGGACAAGAACACAAGUUUGCAAACUUUGAUACGAUCCUAUAUGCUGUUGGCCGUGUACCACGCACCAAAGACCUUGGGCUGGAAAAAGUUGGUGUUAAGCUUGCACAAGGUGGUUUCAUUGAGGUGGACGCACAGGAAAACACAUCGGUGCCUGGAGUGUACGCUAUUGGUGACGUCACGGUGACUGGCUGGGAGCUCACGCCAGUGGCUAUUGCUGCAGGCCGUCGUCUAGCCGACCGUCUAUUUGGCGGUGAGAAGGACGCGUGCCUUAACUAUCAUCAGAUCCCGACGGUAAUCUUUAGCCACCCACCUAUUGGCACGAUUGGAUACACGGAGUCAGAAGCUCUUGAGAAGUAUGGUAAAGAAAAUGUCAAGGUGUACACGAGUAAGUUUGUGAACCUGCUUCACGCGAUGGCGGACCCAGAGCACAAAGGCAAGACGGCCAUGAAACUGGUGACUGUGGGUGAGAAGGAGACUGUCGUGGGUGUGCACGUUGCUGGCGAGGGAGCGGACGAGAUGAUCCAGGGCUUUGGUGUGGCAGUCAAGAUGAACGCCACUAAGGCGGACUUUGACAACAUUGUGGCUAUCCACCCUACGGCUUCUGAGGAGCUCGUGACCAUGGCACCGUGGGGAAUGAUUAAGGACAAGAUUGUGUUGUCGCCAGAACCGGCGCGCCCCGCCCCGGCGUGUAAGCAGUAA